UCGAGGGAAUAACGCGUAUCAUCAAAAUGUGUUAUUGCAACAGUGGUGUCGAAUUGGGAAAAACCAUCGCAAUAUGUGUAUUAGGAAGCACGGUCAUUAUACUUUCCCUUAUAAUAGCUGUUUUACUGUACAAAAUAAGAACGCAAAACUACAAAGUGAUGUUAGAAGAAACUGCAGUUUUGACGACUGAACAAACAACAAGAAAAGAUUAUUCUCCACAAGUUUCUAAUGAAGCAAACAUGCCGUUUGAAAUUAAUUUUGAUACAUUGAAAAAGAAAACAAAGGAAACUGAAACAUUUCUCAUUGUAGAUGAAUCGGAAAAUACUAUACAACAUAAUCCAAUUAAUGGAGCAAAUUAUGUUCACGAACUAAAAUCACAUUUACUUAAAUCACGACAAGCUAUCAUACAGCGAGACGAAAUACAUAAAAUAUGUGAAAAUGAAUUAAGUAAGACACAUCAAAUGAACAGUACUAUACAGGAUUACAAAAUUACAACACUUGAACGACCAAGUUUUAAGAUACCAGUAUCCGAAAUAGUUAAAUCUUCAUCUGCACGUCAGUUAUUAAAAGUUGAUGAAGAAAAAGAUCAAUUUCCUACUGCGAGACCACUUGAUAAAAGCAUGUGUAAUACUAUAGCUUUCAAAAAUAUCGAAUAUUUGAAAACUGUACAAAAUGAAGAAUCAAAUAUAAAGAAUUCAUUCACAGAAAAAGAAAAACAUGCAUCUGUCUCUGGACUUUUAGAAACGGAUGAAGAAUACGACGAAGUUCCAAUUUCAAGACCUGUAGUUGAAGAGUUCUAUGAUGUAGUAACAAUGCCAAAGCAUAUAAUCUUACACGACCAAGAUACGAAUUAUUUGUCAUUUAUAACUGACCAAAGAGAGGUUGAGCCUUGCUAUAUCAAUGCAAACUUGAAUUUAUAAGGGAUGGUCAUAAACGAUUGACUGAAUGAUGGAUAACUUAAAGUCUGUGUGUGUAAAGUA